UCCUGGCAGGUGGCAGCGGAGCAGAAGCUGCUCUCAGUGUCUGUGUGCCCAGCCGAGGAGCGCUCCUGUCCCGGCUCGUGCUCGCCCUCCGCUUCCGCGCCUCGGCUUUCCGCACCUCCAAGGGGGAGUGGGAGUGGGAGGCGAGGGUCGCCGCCUCUGCUCCCGGCUCCAGCUCGGCGUCUGCCGCCGCCGCCGCCGCCGCCGCCGCUCCUUGCGGGCCAUUGGCUCUGCACGCUCGGGGAGUCGCACGGCUGAGCUCCCGCUCUGAACCCCGCGCGCGCCUCUCUCGGAGUUGUGCUCGGGGGAAGAAGCGGGAGGGGCGGCUCGGGAAGAAGGAGCUCCAGGAGAAGAAAACGCGACAGGAAAGGGAGGGGGGGGGAAGCAACUUCGGACGGAAAGUUGAUUCGAACUGGCAUAGUAUGCAAAAAAGGGGAGAAGUCGAUGACUAGCGGCAGCAUAAAAGUGUGAGAGGCUUCGGUGGUACCCAGGAGGCGGGCGGUUCCUCCCCGGCCCGCGAUCCCUCUCCCUCGGCUGCGGCAGCGGCUGCAGCGGCUGCAGCGGCGGCGGCGACUGGCGGAGCUUCACCGGCACCGGCGGCGGCGGCAGGAGUCGCAGCGGCGGCGGCAGCCACAGGUGCGAAGGGGCGAAGGGGCGCCCGGGAGGCGAGAGGGCGUCCUCGUCCCCCUCCCCCCUCCCCCCAACCUCUCCCACCCCUCCCCAUCCAGCUUGGGACUUCCACUCAAGUCACCUUUCUCCCGCCCUCUCGCCCUCCCUCCCCAGCGGUAGCCACAGCAGGGAGGAGGAGGAAGAAGAAGAAGAGGAGGAGAGCUGCCGGACGCUCGGCGGCCCAAGGGAGUUGGGGUUCGUAGGGGGUCGUUUUCGGCUCUGAGGAGGUCCCCGCCCAACCUUCAAAAUUUUGUCCAAAAGCAGACAAGAGGAUCGCCCCGCGCUGAGCCGGUUGGUGGGCAGCAGGAGGCGCCUGAUCGCCGCCGGGGCCCUGGGGGUGGUGAUGGUCCUGCUGCUGGUCAUCCUCAUCCCGGUUCUGGUGAGCUCGGCGGGCACGUCGGCGCACUACGAGAUGCUGGGCACCUGCCGCAUGGUCUGCGACCCCUACGGGGGCACCAAGGCUCCCAGCACGGCGGCGACCCCAGACCGGGGUCUCAUGCAGUCGCUGCCCACCUUCAUUCAGGGGCCAAAAGGCGAAGCCGGCCGGCCGGGCAAAGCCGGCCCCCGCGGACCUCCCGGAGAGCCCGGGCCGCCGGGCCCCGUGGGGCCGCCCGGAGAAAAGGGGGAGCCGGGCCGGCAGGGCCUGCCGGGCCCCCCUGGGGCUCCGGGGCUCAACGCGGCCGGGGCCAUCAGCGCCGCCACCUACAGCACGGUGCCCAAGAUCGCCUUCUACGCGGGCCUUAAGCGCCAACACGAAGGCUACGAGGUCCUCAAGUUCGACGACGUAGUCACCAAUCUGGGCAACCACUACGACCCGACCACGGGCAAGUUCACCUGCUCCAUCCCUGGCAUCUACUUCUUCACCUACCACGUCCUGAUGCGCGGGGGGGAUGGCACCAGCAUGUGGGCUGAUCUCUGCAAAAACAAUCAGGUCCGGGCCAGUGCUAUUGCUCAGGAUGCCGAUCAGAAUUACGACUACGCCAGUAACAGUGUAGUUCUUCACUUGGAGCCAGGAGAUGAAGUCUACAUCAAAUUAGAUGGAGGAAAAGCACAUGGAGGAAACAACAACAAAUACAGCACGUUUUCUGGAUUUAUUAUUUACGCGGACUGAUCAUUCAGAAACUAAGCUUAUCUCUUUCGAAUCUGAGCACUGGAUCCGUAAUGGUUCACGGAGCCUGUGAAUCAAGAAUCCCAGUGGAUACCAACAGUGGGGCACCUCAGUAGUGUGUGUGUUGGGGGGAGGGGGGAAAUCAAAUGCUACCUGACUCACAUCUGUACAACUCAGAAAAACAAACAAACAAACAAACAAACAAACAAAAAACAAAAACUUUAUGUUAAAAAAAAAGUUAAAAGCAAGAUACGCAGAUGUGUGAUCCACUACCGCCGCCAAAGCAAAUAUUCCUUAAUGUUAGUGUCCAUGUGAAUGAAGUCCUAUAGAGAUCACAACUUUUUAUAGAAAAAAAUCUACUACACUGAAUUAUUUCUUCAUUAUAUAUGAUACUUUGGUGUAUUAUGAUAUUGCUGCUUUUAUCCAUAUGUCAGCUUUGGUUCUUGUGAGUUUACCUGCUAAUUAUGAUACUUGGAGGCCGCUUAUAGUGUGGUAAGGGCUGAUUUUAAGGUAAAAAGGAAAGAUUUGAGGGAAAUCAUAUUGUUUCUUUCCAAAGAAAUUGUUUGCCUUGUAUUUUUGUUACUUUUACAUUUAAACCUAGGAAUGAUUCAGCUUUAAGCCUUAACCUGGAAUGUUCUAGAUUUGGGGGGGGGGGGGAAGUAGUUCUCAAGCUUUGUAUUAUUGCCAUAUAGUUUAAUAUUUAUUAAUUUGGUUUCCCCCUCCCUCUAUUGAUGUUUUUUAAGAAACAGAUCUAGAAUAUGACAUUGAAUUGUCCUGUAAAUGUGCUAAGAAGCCUGUGUAAGUUUUUACAGUGUUUAGAUAGCUUCAUAAUUGUUCAUCUUGUCAAUAUACAUAUUGAGUCCAUAUUAAAAAAAAUCUAUACUUCCUUCAAAAGGCUCUUCAGUAUAAAUCCAGAGUGCAGUCCUCUUCCCCAUCCGUACCCCUCAUACCCAGGGAUGGAACAAAAGAUUAUUGAUGCACAGAGGCUUAACUUGAGCCACUGCAUGAAUUGCCAAGGGGAUAGUUUGUAAUGCCUUCAAACCCUUACUACAAGUUUGUAGCCUGAGGUUAUUUCAAAAUUAACAGAUAAACAUAUUAUCAAUACAACAAGAUGUAUAUAUUUUAUACACAAUAUAUGUUAUAUAUAAUAUGUACAUUAUAUAUAAUGUAUAUAUAUUAUAUGUGGCUUAGGCACAGUGGAUAGAGACUAGAGAAAUACAUUUUUGAAAAGCAUACUACAUAUGAUAUUUGAAUUAUUUUGAAUGUCAAAUAUAUAUGGAAUACCAAAACAACAGUUCUUAGUGAAAAUGGCUCCUGUUAAGAAUUUUAAAAGAGUAUAUUAUUUUGCAUAGGUUAAAGAUGGCCUGGAGCACAUUUUCCUUUCUAUUGGACCAUUCUUGUCUUAUUCAAACCAAGAGUUUAUCCCAGAGUCUGUGGUAGACUAUUAACAUUAGGCUUACAGUAACAAAGUGGCUUUGCCUUCAAUGUUGAUAUAUUACAUAUAUUUGAGCCAUCAAUUUGUUCUUGUUUCAGAGGUGGACUAAAACUGACAUUAAUGUAGAUUUUGAGCGCACUAAGAGGCCAAAAUCCAGUCUCUCUGGUUAACACGUAACGCCAAAAGCCAUCUCUUUAAUCUACCAAGUGAAAGAUAUAAAGUACGCGUUGUCAUACGCUGAACUGUCAAACAAUUUCCCCCAUAAUGAUGAAAAAUCUAUUCCUUGCUAUUUGCCUUUGAAGAUUCUCUGACAAAUAGCUUUCAGAAACAGAAAUUUAAAAAUAUUUAACCCACUCGUUUCAUCGGUGAAGGAAUUGCCCAUGUUCAUUCUGCUUUUUUCAAGAAAUUAGUUUGUCCCUUUGGCUGCUCUUUUAGGACAGUUCCAUUUCAAGUCUAGGGGUUAUCAUUAUAGCUCAGCUAUGCUCCUUUUUAAGGAAGUCUCUAAGGUAGCUUAGCCAAGAUCUCAAAAAAGAAAAAUUGUUAUUCAUCAAUAUAUUUAUUUAUAGUUCCUGUUUUCCCCAGUAAUAUGCCCCAGUCUGGUCAAAUACAGAUGAAAAAGCAUGUAAUUGCUCACCAAGUGUCAUGAUUAAUCUACUUUGGUCUUUCUAAUGCUAAUCUAUUUGAUUUUUAAAAAAAAAUUAUUAAAAUGGACUUCCUUUCCACUUAAGGGACUUUCACAAUUGUGGAUAUGUAUGUUUACUACAGAGAAAAUUGGAAGCAAGGUUUGGAGAAGCUUUGUGUGUUUCAACUAGAAAAGUAAAGCAUUCAAGCAAAAGAUUUAUUUUAGGCAUAGAAUAUACCAAGGAGUUAAUAAAAGGACUUCAUUCCACGGGAGAAAAAAAAAACCAAAUCCAAACAAACCAAACAAACCAGAGCUGGGUACCAAGCUCUGAAAAUCAAGACUGUCAUUUCUAAUAGAAAUGACCUUUUCUUCAGACAAAUAAGCAUCGCUUACCCCUGUUUAGGCCCAGAGAAAAAUACUCAGAUAAAAAAGUACACAAAAGAAAUGAGAAAACGUAUAAGGCAAACAUUUCUUUUAUUUAUUUAUUUAUUUUUGCAUCAUAUCUUACAAAUCAAUUAAAUUGUGGCCUUUGUUAUACAUGUAACGAUGAUGAUUCAUUAAACUAUAUUAUGUAAUAUAUUCAAACUUUUAUUAUUGCAUUUUUAUAAUUCAGAGCAAUUAUCCAUGUGGUUCGUGUCUCACAUUUCCAAGAGCAUAAGAACAAAAUUCAGAACAAAACAGAUAUGGACCUCUGAAUGCAGUAAAAAGUGGGUCCUGAUUUUAUUGCUUGUAUAUAUGUAAAAGAGAGAGAAUACACAUUGGAUAUUUCAUUUAAAAAUAAUCUACAGCAUUUGUAAAUUGGUAAGCAUGUGACUGUA